AUGGCCCAGACGCAAAGCAUUGGGAGAAGAUACAUUAAAUCAUUUGUGAGAGGCUUUUUUGUUGCUGUUCCUGUGACUAUCACCUUCCUCGACAGAGUGGCUUGCAUUGCAAGAGUUGAAGGGGCUUCAAUGCAGCCUUCUUUGAAUCCAGAAGAAACACGGAUAUGUGACAUAGUGCUUUUAAACCACUGGAGUAUUCGAAAUUAUGAAGUCCAACGUGGAGACAUAGUUUCACUGGUGUCUCCAAGUAACCCAGAGCAGAAGAUCAUUAAGCGAGUGAUUGCUCUUGAAGGGGACAUUAUCAAAACCAUAAGUUACAAAAAGAAGUAUGUGAAAAUUCCACAUGGCCAUGUAUGGGUAGAAGGUGAUCAUCAUGGACACAGCUUUGACAGUAACGCUUUUGGCCCAGUCUCUCUUGGACUUUUACAUGCCCGUGCUACGCAUAUACUCUGGCCUCCAGGGCGCUGGCAGAAGUUGCAGCCUGAGCUUCCUCCAGAACGCCACCCUCUCUGGAAUAAGGAGGAAUGACCUAUUGUACCUGGAUAGAAAACAGGCUGCCAUAUCUAGGGUUUUGCAUGUAGGUAAGGGGUGGAAACAUUCCUCAGCUAAUAAAGGACUGCCAACUGUACAGAGUUGAUGCAAGCAAGAUAUCUUUUUCAUUAUUGUAAAUCCAAAUGGAUUUUUAAAAAUCACAUGGUGGAUCAAUUUGUCUUGAUUUUGAAAGCUCAUCUUCCUAGAAGCUGUAUUGUAGCUGAGUCUUUUAUCUAUCUCAGUUCCUUGAUUGAUAUGAAAUAUGUAUUUUCCCCCUUUACAUAUUUUAAAUAUUUUCCCAAUAGAGAAAUGGUUUUUCACCAGUAUGUCAAGUUCAUAUUUGAUUGUGAAAAUGUGACAUUUGCUGUGUAAUCCAAUCUCCCUACUGGAGGAGAAUAAUACUUUAUUUAGGAUUCCAAAAUUAUGGCCAAAAUCCUCUUGCAGAGCUAUUCAAAUCACAAAACUUUUGGAAGCAAAUCGCCCCUGUUUAAGAAAUCACUAUAGAUAUUAUCAAUUGUAUGCUGCAUCAUACAAUUCAGCAUUCAACUGAAAAUUUGGAGAAAUUUGCCUCCCAGACUUAUGAUGUUCAUGCUGUGCCAGCAUGAAACUAGGUAACAGGGUUUCAGCCAAUCAUUGAUUCCAUUGAAUGAAUAGUAUUGCUAGUGUUUGGACAUAUAUUGUACACUGAAUGAGUAAUAUUUCUACUCCAAGAAAAUGUGUUGUAUAAUCUGUCUUUCAAAAAUAAAAUUUUAAAAACAA